CGAUCUCCGGGAUCCCGUCCGUUACUCGUCUCUGUUGUCCCUCCCCGACUCCACAGUCUCCGGGGAGACCGAGCGAGCUCAGGAACAACACACUCUUCGACACGCUCGCUCUCGCUCUCCCCCCCGGCCCCUGCUGCCCGCCCCCGUAGACAGCCGGCGGAUCUAAGCAAAUGGAUUUCAAGGGGUUCUGGGAGUCCAGAUUCGGGGGAAAGAAGGAGGCGGAGCAGAAUGGGCACGCCAACGGGGAGGCCAACGGGAGCGUCAAGAAGAGGACCGCCGAUUUGGCCAUCUACGAGCAGUUCGAGCAGCAGGCCAGGCAGCCGGAGAUGCGCGCCGCGGCGAUCCGUGAUGGGAAUGCUGAUGUCAUCCAGAAGCCUCUCCUACCUUCAUUUGAGUCAGCUGAAAUGCGUAAUCUAGCAGAGACACUGUUGCGGGAUAUUAUUCGAGGGAAUCCGGAUGUGAAAUGGGAAAGUAUUAAAGGACUAGAGAAUGCAAAACGACUUCUAAAAGAGGCAGUUGUCAUGCCCAUAAAGUACCCAAAAUACUUCACUGGUCUUCUGUCACCGUGGAAAGGGAUCUUACUCUUUGGCCCCCCAGGAACAGGGAAGACAAUGCUGGCAAAAGCAGUCGCUACUGAGUGCAACACUACAUUCUUCAACAUUUCAGCUUCAUCAAUUGUCAGCAAAUGGCGUGGAGAUUCUGAGAAGUUAGUCAAAGUUCUUUUUGAGCUUGCCAGACACCAUGCUCCAUCCACGAUAUUUCUUGAUGAAAUUGAUGCUAUUAUUAGUCAACGCGGCGAAGCUCGUAGUGAGCAUGAAGCUAGUCGACGCUUGAAGACUGAGCUACUUAUUCAGAUGGAUGGCUUGACAAAGACAAAUGACUUAGUAUUUGUACUUGCGGCAACAAAUCUACCAUGGGAACUGGAUGCAGCUAUGCUCCGUCGACUUGAGAAGCGGAUUCUUGUGCCGCUUCCUGAAGCUGAAGCAAGGCAUGCCAUGUUUGAGGAACUUUUGCCGGCGAUGACCUCAAAUCUAGAGGUCCCAUACGAUCUUUUAGUAGAAAAGACUGAAGGGUACUCCGGUUCAGAUAUUCGUCUUGUGUGCAAAGAAGCUGCUAUGCAGCCAUUAAGACGUAUCAUGUCAGUUCUUGAAGCCAGUGAUGAGUUGGUGCCAGAGGAAGAACUACCUGAGGUUGGCCCUCUCAGACCUGAUGACGUUGAACUUGCUUUGAGGAAUACAAGACCAUCAGCUCAUCUCCAAGCACACCGUUACGAAAAGUUUAACCAGGACUAUGGGAGCCAAAUUCUUCGUUGAGAGCAAGUUCAGGUCAUGUUUACAUGAAAAUCUGCCUGGCGAAACAUGUGCUUUACAGGAAACAACUGAGAAUUUUCAUCUUCGAAGAAUGUAGAAGAUUUUUUCCCUUUAUUUCUGUAGGUUUGCAAGUGGAUUCAUCUGGAUGGUGCAUUUGAACAUGCUACUGGAACAGAGAUAUCUUGACCCAGAACAAUCAAGUUGGCUGUGUUUAUGCCUUUUUUUUUUAUCAUUCUACCGAGAAGGCCCCCAAGCAGAAUGCAAACAUUGUUACUGCAGUUUAUAUCAAGUUUAUAUCUGUAACUACAUUAAAUUGACUGAAGGUGUGAAGCAAGUCACCACGCAUGGUGAUGUUGCUGCUGUAGCUCUUGGCCAGAUUGAAUACUACCACCUUGUAAUGAUCGUCCUCACAAAUAAGACUGAUUCACUGACUAGGAUCUUCAUAAUAAAUUCUGGGCAUAUUGGAUGGAACAUUACAGAGCCAUAAGGCCUGAUUCUUUUCA